AAAGAAGGUCUGUGUUUCGUUAGAUUUAUUCAAAGUUUUAAACGUGGUAUCAAAGGAGUUGUGGACCAGCAGUGACUGUUGGUGGAUGUGUUCGAGUCAUACGGACAGGCGUUACAGAUCAGAAAAGAAACCCCAUAAACCUUAGUCUGAAAACUCCGCCCUAAACAGUGACCUGAGCGACUUAUUUCAGGAUUUCACAGCGGAUUUCAGCUCCGGGUGGAGGGUCACGGCAGUCGCUGCUCCACGUGCCUGUUCGGUUUAGUCAGCCAAGGAGGAGGUUCAGAAUUUACUACAACUAUAAAACGACUUAAAGGGACCCGGACUUUGUGAUCGAUCAGCGCUUAUCAACCAACUGUCACUAAUUCCGGAGGAACUUGAUUUACGUAUGCGGCAUUUCCACACGAGCAGUUGCACUUUGUUCCUAACAGUUUUUGUAAAGUUGUUUGGUUGACGUUAUGUUAGAGUUGUUAGUCAUUGUGAUUUCAUAUUAAGGACGUUUGUUUGUUUUAGUGUAGAUUUUCUCGUUGGAAACGUCGCUCGGUUCUGUUUUAACAGCGAACGGUUUUCAGUUACUUUGACGCGCAAAUACUUUAAUGUUAGCGUUUUACUACAUGAGUAUACGGCAGAGAUUAAUAUGAAUGAGAAACAGGUAUCAGGAGAUAAUGAUCUGUACGACGAUCGGACUACAGAGGACGCCGAGAACCAUGUCCAACUUGCAGCGGGGGACGCCGCCGUACUGGCGGAGAAGGACGACCAAGCGGCCACGCAGACCACCCGUCUGUACAAACGGCGCUGGAUCAUCGUCCUGCUCUUCAGCUUCUACUCACUGAGCAACUCCUUCCAGUGGAUACAGUACGGCAUCAUCAACAACAUCUUCAUGAGGUUCUACGGUGUGGACGCCUUCACCAUAGACUGGAUGUCCAUGAUCUACAUGCUCACCUACAUCCCCUUCGUCUUCCCGGUCACCUGGCUGCUGGACAAGAAGGGGCUGCGUGUCAUCGCGCUCAUUGCCACAACCCUCAACUGUGCCGGGACGUGGAUCAAAGUGACCAGCGCCAAACCCAACCUGUUCGCUGUCACCUUUCUGGGCCAGUUCUGCUGCUCCCUGGCGCAGGUCUUUAUCCUCGGGAUGCCGGCGAAGAUCGCCUCGAUGUGGUUCGGUUCAAACGAGGUGUCCACCGCCUGCUCCAUCGGAGUGUUUGGGAAUCAGCUGGGUAUUGCCAUUGGAUUUCUUGUUCCUCCGGUUCUCGUACCCAAUGUGGAGGACAUGGAUCAGCUGGCUCAUCACAUCAGAAUCAUGUUCUACAUCACAGCUGCGGUGGCCACGGCGCUCUUCAUCCUUGUUGUCUUGAUCUUUCAGGAGCGUCCCAAACUUCCUCCGACUCAGGCCCAGGCCGUAGCUCGUACCAUCCCAUCAGAGCAGUACUCCUACACCGCCUCUAUCCGCCGACUGCUUCGCAACAGGUCCUUCAUCCUCCUCAUCAUCACUUAUGGUCUAAAUGUGGGAUGUUUUUAUGCUGUUGGCACAUUACUGAACCGCAUCAUCCUGACACAUUAUCCUAAUGAAGAGGUGAAUGCUGGGAGGAUCGGCCUCACCAUCAUCAUCGCCGGGAUGGUCGGGUCACUGAUCUGUGGCAUUUGGUUGGAUAAAACUAAAACCUACAAACAAACUACAUUUGCAGUUUACUUCAUGUCUCUGGUGGCAAUGAUUGUCUUCACUGCAACCCUUGAUCUGGGACUCUGGGUGGCCUUCAUCACGGCUGGCAGCCUUGGGUUCUUCAUGACCGGUUACCUUCCACUAGGCUUUGAGUUUGCAGUGGAACUCACGUAUCCUGAGUCAGAGGGAACGUCUUCUGGACUCCUCAACUGUUCAGCACAAGUGUUUGGGAUUAUUUUCACCAUAUGCCAAGGGAAGAUCAUAGACAAAUUUGGCACACUACCAGGAAACAUCUUCCUCUGUGUCUUCCUUUUAAUUGGCACGAUAAUGACAGGAUUAAUAAAGUCUGAUCUACGGCGACAAAAAGCAAAUCACAUGGCCAGAGCAGCAGGAGGAAAUUAAGACAUGUCUCGUCAGAGCAGCUUGUGUUAACCUUCACCCCAGGCUGAAGACACGCCUCUAUAAACCCUGACGAUCAGCUGUUGUUUUGGUAGGAGGGGAAGACGACCGCACAACAAGCCUACGGAGCCACGGCUCAAAUCACCGAACCUCUGACUGCUGCUUCUCACUGCUGAUCAAUAAAACCUGCUUUCUUCUUUCUACAAAAAAAAAAAUCCCAAACAAUCUCGACAAAUGAUAGUUCAACGCCGAAACUGUUGAAGGUAGGAUCACCCCCUGACGCUGAUUCAUCACCCACACCUGUCGAUUGACUUUCCACCUUUUUUUUAACCUUUUUUGUCCUUCCCUGCCAGUGUCUCACUUUCAUGCGGAAUAAAACUCACACUAUCUGUCGAUCAGAUAUCGCCUCUGAUUUUAUAAAUUCAAUUCUUUGUUAAUAUUGUGAAGCAUUUUACAAAGUGCCAAAUUAACUGACUGGCCGUUGGACAGGGGCGGGAAACGUCCCCUCUGAUUGGAUGAGGUGGAAGACGUUAGUGUAAAUAAUAGUGAAAUACAAACACAUUCAGCGUAACCUUAUGGAAUUAUAUUUGAAUAUUUUUAUAUUAUAUGUGGAAUUGGUAACAAUAGAUUUUGUGUUGUUUUGAAAGGACAGAUACCAAAUUAACGACUUUGUUUAAAAAGAAAUCAGUAACUGAUUGUAAAACAGGUUGCCUUAGAAAUGUCUUAGAAAAUAGAAAAAAAGAAAUAAAUUCACCAGCCUGCUUUUGCACAGUGCAAAAUCAAUGACUACUUUUUAAGCCAUAGUUCGGAUGAAAGAUUCCUAAUGGUGCAGUUAUUUACUGUAGGACAAAUGUGAGAGAGACAUUGCAAAUGUCUCUGACUGACUGUUAAAGUUGUUUGUUUUUUAAGAUUCUAUUUUGAAUCUUAAAUAUGUGAAAUAAUGUGAAUUCUCAAAUUAAAUCAAAUAUGUUUACAAAUGUGUUGAAAAUGUCGUUAGCUAUUAAAAAUAAUUCUAAUAACUAGUAUUUAAAUAGUUCAUCUUUAUUAGCCCCACUGAUGAUGAGUUUAGAUGUUUGUGGAACAUUUGGCACCAGCUCCACUCAUAGACUACAGUCUUUAUCAGAAUCAGAUGCUAAUGUAUAAAUGUGUACGAUUGUGAAAUUGAUAAAACAAAAUUCUUUUGAUUGAUAGGAUUCUCCUGCUCCCCGUGAUACCGUUCCUGCUGCGUCUUAUAUCAUCAAAGAAGCUCAUAUGUAAAACACACACUAAAACGCAGUGGAACAAGGUGCCUUAAAACUACAGCAUCAGGGAGAGUUGUUCAAGUGUUCUUACUGAAUCAAAUUUGUGAAAUAUUUUAAAUCUAAAACUUCUAAAUAUCAGUAUUUUAUGUACACAGUUAAUUGCCUGUUACUGCUUUGAAUCGUUGACACUUUAAUUGAUGAAAUGACCUUGAUGAUGACAAUGAAUGUUUUUGUAGCAAAUCCUUAUGACUGGACUGGGGAGAGAAAACCAUGUUAGACUUCCAUAUCAGUGUUCAUGGUGAUAAAUUGUUAAUGGCGUAUUGUUUUUGAAUUUUAUUUAUGUUUCUUUCUCUAACAUGAAAUAAAGCACAUUUAUUUCAUGUUAAUAAUAAACAUAUUUUACAGUCAUAUUUGCUUUCAAAACUAACCUCAUUUUUCCUCUUUCUUUAUCUUUUAUUUCACAAUUCCUAUAAAAGCCAAACAAUUUUGGGAUGUUUCUCUGUCUGAUGUGAUAUGAAGUGUUAUCAUUAAAAUGUUCAAGAAAUAAAGAAGUUACCAGAU